CUGAAAGCGUCUACUGCUGCUACGCCAUGGGAGAAAGGCAACAUCACAUGGCUAGACUAAUUAGUUUACUUUUUACAAACUACUGUAAUAUUCACGUGCAGAAAACUAUUGCCGGCGCUGGAAUAAAUUAAGGGCUUCUGUUUGACGACACAAAGUUUCGUGUUACAAUAUUCGUGUAGCAACGGAAAGUUAUUUGCUUGUUUGUGUCAAAUAAAAUUGUGACAGUGUGAGUUAAUUCUGACUGCAACAUUCUGAUCUCUUGCAAUUCAGAGUGUGAAGAAAUGGAAGACGACAGAGGUGUUAUUGUGGAGAAUAUGAGCUCGUGGGAUGAUCCUGAAAAUUCUAAUUGUAUGUCUGUGGAAAAGAAAGAAAAGGGAGCUUUCUACGAAGAUGCUGCUCAGUAUUGGUCUCGGAUACCAGCAACGGUUGAUGGCAUGCUUGGUGGUUAUGGCUUCAUUUCUAAAGUCGAUAUUCAAGGAUCUAACCUAUUUCUUAAGCGUCUAUUUAGAUUGAAGGUACCUCCAGGCAAUGCAAGAGCAUUAGACUGUGGAGCAGGUAUAGGACGCAUCACAGAACAUUUCCUAUUAAAUCACUUCCAGAAGGUAGAUCUAGUGGAGCAAAAUCCAGCCUUUGUCAAUCAAGCACGUACUUCCUUAGAAUCUCACAAAAAUAUGGGCAAUUUCUAUUGUGCAGGUUUGCAAGAUUUCACUCCUGAACCUGCCACUUACGAUGUCAUUUGGUGCCAGUGGGUCCUGGGCCACUUGAAAGAUGAUGAUCUCAUUGCAUUUCUACAUGGCUGCAUUCUUGGACUCAAAGACAAUGGAAUAAUAGUUAUCAAAGAAAAUACCACAACCAGUGGCAAAUUGGAUGAAGACCCAACAGAUUCUUCUGUAACGAGACCUUUAGAAGUUUUGAACACUCUAAUUCAACAGGCUGGUCUCAGAAUUGCGAAGCAAAAGCGCCAGGAAAACUUUCCCCGUGGCCUCUAUCCUGUGUACAUGAUUGCGACCAGACCCUCAAUGGAAAGAUCAGCAUACAUGAAAAAUGUGGACAGUACCAUUACAUUGCCAACAGAGACCCGCAUUGCUGACGAAGGAGACCUGCCACAUAAUGAAUGGUCAGCCAACUCACUGUCAGAGUGCGACUAAGGCCAUUCCAAGACAUUUGUUGGACAAGUGAUUUGUCAAGCCUUCUGAAGUAUUGAAAGAAGCUAGUCCUAGAUUUUUUAAAUUGCAAUUAGGAACUUGUAUGGACAGGUUUCCUAAAUUUAACUACACAAUGUUAUGAAAGUGUCAUUAUAUGCUUAUUAAACUAAUUUUUCCAUAUAUCUUC